UUCAUGAAUGUAGUGUCAUUCCUAGCUGAUAUGUCUCUCUUUGCAUUCUUUGCAGACCUCCAUCUGCUCUUGAGGAAAGCUCUCCUGGUGAAGUCGAAAAGAAUGAUCCAGAUAACUAGAUAUAUUUACAGAAAGCCAUAUGUGAGUCUGGCCAGGGAUACGGGAAUACAUAAGCUUAUAGUGGAGACCAAGACCAAUGCCCUGACUGAUAGAUUGUGCCUAGCCAAUGCAAAUGCUGUUGUAAAAUGCCUAAGGCUGUGCACAAUUGUGGAUUACAGUGAUAGAUCAGGCCGCUGUAGCCUUUUCUGUGAAACAAACGUGGAAGCAAUUGCAGAAUGUCUUGCUGCCUGUGAUAUAAAUUUUUGUUUUCCUACUAUGCAGUAUGAAUUUAUGCAAAAGCAUUUUUGGUACAGAUGUACUGCAGAUGGCAGGUGAUCUCAUUUAUGCUUUUUCAUUGUUUCUCCUGGUCUGUAAUGUAAAGAGCUUCUAGUGAUGCUGUCUUCAGGAAGUGGAGUGACAUCCUCUGAAACACAGAACUGUCAGACAAUC